AAUCCGCAUACUGACUUCCGUAUCUCCGAGCCCGAGCUGCUUCCGUAACUAUCACAUUAAGUUUCUGCUGGCCGCCGGUCCAUCGCUGCUUCACACAAAAACAUCUGCUCACGAUGCGCGCCGUGCCCGAUGAGUUGACGACGCUCAUUUUAGAUGUGGAGCGGUACAUAUGUGAGGGGUUGAAAGGAGAGCAUUUAAGCAAGAAGGCGAAAGAGAAGAGGGAGACCCUCAUAAAGAGAAUCAAAGAGGUCAAGCUAAGUUAUUCUCAAGAUUUCAAGGAUAACGUUGAUACAAUCGAGUCGGAUGAUGAGGAUGAAGUUGACAGCAACAAUGAUGGAGGCUCGCUGCAAUCAGAACGCACGGACAAGGAAGAAGAGGGUGGUGAAGGGGCCCAGCAGUCUCCACCUGUAGCAGCCCAGGACCUGACGGCUGUCUUUAAACAAGGAUAUCUGGAGAAACGCAGAAAGGACCACAGCUUUUUUGGCACCGAGUGGCAGAAGAGAUGGUGUGCUCUGAGCCAUCACACUUUUUACUAUUAUGGCGGUGAAAAAGACAAGCAGCAGAAGGGUGACUUCAGCAUAGAGGGGUACACUGUCAGAAUGAUCAACAAUUUACGGAAAGACUCGAAGAAAGACUGUUGCUUUGAAAUUUCAGCCCCGGACAAGCGACUCUAUCAGUUUUGUGCGUCAUCAACCAAAGAGGCGGAGGAGUGGGUGAAACAGAUAGACCUUCUUUUGAAUAACAUGACGGGCAUCAUUCCAGAGGAAGAGGAUGAACAAGACACUUAUGAUGAUAUUGGAAUUGGAGCUGAUGCGGAUGAAAUUUAUGAAAUACUUCCAGAAGAGGAGGUGUCCCCUCCUGUAAAGCGUCCCCCAAAGAUAGAUCCAUCAAGCAAACCGGCUCCUCCUCCUACUGCAGUUGAUAAGAGCACGGACUACCAGAACUACUACCAGGGCCUAUGGGACUGUUCAGGGAGCCUUCCAGAUGAGCUGUCCUUCAAACGUGGAGAUGCCAUCUACAUCCUAAGCAAGGAAUACAGCAACUUUGGCUGGUGGGUUGGAGAGAAGAAUGGAGCUAUAGGUAUUGUUCCCAAAGACUAUCUGAUGGAGAUGUACAGUCUGUAAAUAUUCUGCAUAUAAACUGCUUUCUCUUGUGGAAAUUUUCUUUGUCUACUUGUAAAAGAUCAAAAAAUGUCACAGGAAUAAAUCUACUGUAUUCUCACUGGCAUUCCUGUUCAAAAGGCCGGUCGUUUAAUGGACAAUAUUUAAAUUUGAAUAUUUUCAUAGCACUUAUUUCUGCUAUGCAUGCACUUUCUAUGGCAAAAUAAAAUAUAAGCACA